UUUUUUUUUUUUUAAUUCCAUUGAGAGUGAAAUUGUAACAUCGACAUGAGAUAUUCCGAAGAAAAUUGGAAGUGCAUUUUUGGAACAUUUUUCAUACUAAUGAUGACUUUCGGAAAUUGUUCAGCCACAUUGGAUCUGUCUAAUUUGAAUUUAAACGAUUUCCAAUUCUUUCGCUACCAACAAAAACUACCAAACGGUGAAUUGAAACAAAUAAAACCACCGCCGCCCUCCUUUAGCAGUCACAUUCAACGUGCAAAAGCGGUGGGUGCCUUCGUUCAGAGAUUGCUGUUUGGAUAUACGGGCCACGAUGGACAAACAAUUCCAAUGGUAUUUUCACCAACAGUUGACCAUUUACGAGAACGUUUUGAACGUCGAUACGGAUACCGAGGUCAACAUUUAGUCGAACAAUUGGGAAAUGGUCAAUUCCGUUAUAGUUCUGGUUAUACACCGUGUUUUAGCUGCCGAUUUUGAUUUGAGUUAUAAGUGUACGCUACGAAUUCAGAUGUGACAACAUACCGGAGUAAAUCACACGGAAUAGUGUUAAAGUGUUUUCAAGCCAUUUGGUCUUCAUCGUUAUUUAUUAUGCGGAUUGAUAAAAUACUAUAUUUAAACAGUGAUCAUAAUGACUAUAUAUAGUUUAUAAAAACCGUAUUAAAGCGUUACAUUAUUGAUUUAAAUAUGCCCCAAUUGUACUUAACAUUUUAAAGUAAUUUAUUUGUUUUUUUAAAAAAAUGUUGAUUUGUUUUACAAGAUUACUUAUAGCAUUGAAUAUGUAGGUAUAAGAUUUGCAUUACAAUCGUGUUAAAUCAUUGGAAUUUUUUUCUUCUAUUGACCAUACUUUAUUGUAAAUAAAUUGGUUUUGUUAUAAUUUUAAAUUUUUACAAAAGCAAAAAACCGAUAAAAUACAUAUUUUAUAGUUGCGGUCGAUAUUGAAUCGGGUAGAUAUUAAA